AUGGGUACCAUUCCGGGUGUCCGCAAUGUUUCACGACGUCGUGAGACCAUUUUUAAAAAGUGCAACGAACUGAGCCAAUUCGGCGUGCGAGUCUGGGUGGUUGUAUGCUCUGGUGCGCAAUGCACCGUGUUCAAGUCAAUGAACUGCAAUUUAUUUGAGUCACUGGACCGUCAAGUUAUGCAGGUCACACGUCGGCCAACAUGGAAGAAUAGUCAUGACUACAAUAGAAAUAUGCGAGAAAGACGCCCAUUGCGGUUGAUUGAUCAGCUUCAGUCUGGGAAUGGGCCUUAUCCCCACGUCCAGUAA